GUCUCUGCUGAAGUGAAGGUGACUCGCCUCGGAGUCGUGGUGAUGCAGAGAGGAGCUGCGAGAGCUUCAGUAGUCCUGCGCGCUACGGGUUACUAAGGAAAACACUCGCUGUAACAUCUUAACAGGCUACAACAUCGCUACUGUGUAACAUAGAAAGAGUUGCUACAGCAUACGCGGAUACAGGACAAAUUGACAGCGUCUUCCACAUCAAAGGGAUUAAAGCGUUAGAUGCGUAUGCAUGAGUUCUGCAUCGAAUGGGCGCAAGAACCGCCCCAGAUCAGCCGGGAAUAUUUUUCAAAUAAGCAAGCCUCCGUACGCGGAGCGCAAGGAUAGCGAAGCUCAAUGCGCCGUUGGAGACUGCAGAAUGAUUGUCCAGGAGUUCAAUACCCUCGUGGCACUGUAUCGCGAACUAGUCAUCUCUAUUGGAGAACUGUCAAGGGAUUGCCCCACUCUUCGAGCAGAAAUGCACAAGACUCGCAUUAAGGGCUGUGAGAUGGCACGGACCGCACACCAGCGCUUAUCAGCCAUAUCCUGCCCAGAGGAUGGUGAGAUCCAGCCGGAGAUCUGCAGGCUCUUCAUCCAGCUGCAGUGCUGCCUGGAGAUGUACAUCACGGAGAUCCUCAAGUCUGUCUGUCUGCUGGGGUCUCUGCAGAUCCACAGGAAAGGUCAGCAUUCCUCUGUUCUCCAGAGGAUGGAUAGUAAAGUGGAGGACGCCUCAGAUAUCCCCAUCUUAGAGGACACGUCCUCGUCUCCUGUGGAAAGCUCUCAGGCUGGCCUCCUUGUAGCCACGGACAUCGACAACUCAGAAAGGGACAUGAGAGAGAUGAAGAACCUUCUAAGCAAACUCAGGGAGACAAUGCCUUUACCACUCAAGAACCAAGAUGACAGCAGCUUGCUGAACCUGACUCCCUAUCCGCUGGUUAGACAAAGGAAGAGGCGAUUCUUUGGGCUGUGUUGCCUCGUAUCAAGCUAAGAGGCCCUCCCAGACACAGCAGGAUAAUAACAACAUCCUCAAUAAUCCUUUAGCACUUGCCACUCCUCACUCAGUAUACAGUAUACUGCCAUCUCCUGUGCUUUUUUUCUCUGCCUAUAUCUCAUUUUUAAAACUAUAUGAACAUAACUGUAAUAUAGCAAAUAGUCCAAAACAAAUAGUCAUGAACUUAAAUGUAGUAUGUUAUUGCUGUUGAAUGAAAGCUGUCCAUUUCUGAAAGAGGAUGGAAAAGACUGUCUGCAUUUAAGCAU